AUGAAUUUAAGAGAACAAACCAAUAAUGAAAUAACAAAUUCAAAAAAAUUCUCUGAAGAAACUGAGCAGGAAUUCAAACUACCAUCUAAAAUUGAUGGAGAUGGAAAGGAUAAAACUGAUGGAAAAAAAGAUGCCUGAAGAGAAAUUUAUAUGAAGAACAUGGAAAACAAAGAAAAAGAAAAAUUAAUAAAUUGGGACUUGGCCCUGGAAUAA